AUGGGAUUGGGUGAGGGUUUGAGAUUGCUACAUGAUGACAAUGCAUGUUGUGAGAUUCCUAAGCACAUUGGUGAUGGUGGAGUAGUAGAUAUCUAUGUUGAGGUUCCUGCAGUUCAGUAUGCAAAGGACAGUGACUGGGAAUUGGAGUUUUCUGAAGCUGAUGAUGAACAAGAGGAAAUAUAUGUUGAUGUUCCUUCAUCUAUGCCUACUAAUGUUGAGACAACCCCAGAGAAGCAGAGAGAUAAAGACUUGUUUUCAUUCAGACAAUUCUACAAGUCUCCAUCCAAGUGUCCUGCAGAGAAAGGAAAGGAACAUGCAAGCAAACUAGAAGGUGAUAGUAGUGAGAGUUCAGAUGUUGACUGGGUGCCUAAAGAUCUGGACAGCUCUGGAGAUGAUGAUGAAACACAACAACUGAGACAGUUUGCUAAGCAAAUCAAGAAGGACAUCAAAUGCAAGAAGACAGGAGGUGGAUUAGAGGCUGAAGUAGACAAUUUAGAAGAUGAUGGCAGUCCAUAUUUCAACUCAAGUGAUGAGUACUCAUAUGAGGAGGGUAGUGAUGGAGAAACUAUCAGGUGGAGGAGCACUGAAAAUAGGUAUGACAGUAAAGCUCAUGUGCCUAUGUUUGCUCUUGGAAUGGCUUUCAGGUCUAGUAGACAGUUCAAGAAAGCACUUGUUAGGUAUGGGUUGACAACACAUAGGCAUCUUUUGUUUCCAAAGGAUGAAAAGAAUAAGGUUAGAGCUAUCUGUUCUUGGAAAGGAUGCAAAUGGUUGAUUUAUGGAUCUAAAACUAGUAGGUCAGAAUGGUUCAAAGUAGUCACAUUUGUGGAUGAACAUUGCUGUCCACCUAGGAGGGAUAACAAGCUGGUGACAUCAAGAAGGAUUGCAGACAAAUACAAAGAUCAGAUAAGAGACAACCCCACGUGGAAGGUGGACUUGAUUAGGCAAGCAGUUCUAAAUGACUUUCUCUGUGAUGUAUCUCUGUCCAAGUGCAAGAGAGCAAAGGCUUUGGUGCUGCAGGAAGCUUUGGACUCUACCAAAGGAGAAUACUCAAGGGUUUAUGAUUAUCAAAUGGAGUUACUAAGAAGCAACCCUAGUAGCACUGUGGUAGUGAUGUUGAAUCCUGACAUAAUACAGAAGCAAGUAUUUCAGAGAUUCUAUGUGUGCUUUGAUGCUUGUAAAAAGGGGUUCUCCACUGGUUGCAGAAGAGUUAUUGGGCUAGAUGGUUGUUUUUUCAAGGGGGCAACCAAUGGUGAAUUGCUAUGUGCUAUUGGAAAAGAUGCCAACAACCAGAUGUACCCUAUAGCAUGGGCAUAUGUUGAGUUGGAGACUCAUGACUCCUGGUAUUGGUUUAUUGGUUUGCUGCAAAAAGACCUUAACAUCAACAAUGGAGGUGAAGGAUGGGUGCUCAUUUCUGAUCAGCAAAAGGGUCUAUUGAAAGCUGUAUCAGAACUUGUUCCAAAUGCUGAACAUAGGAUGUGUGCAAGGCACAUCUAUGCAAACUGGAGGAAGAAGUAUGGAGGACAGAAGUUGCAAAGGAAAUUCUGGAGAUGUGCAAAGUCAUCUUCUCAAAAUAGGAGUAAGGCAGAGAAAUGGCAAGGCACAAUAUGCCCAAAUAUUUUUAAGAAGCUGAAGCUGAACAUUGAGAGAUCAGGCAAAUGCUAUGUACUCUGGAAUGGACAAGAUGGAUUUGAGGUGAAGGAGAAGGACAAGAUGAAGUUUACAGUCAAUUUAGCUCAGAGAACAUGUAGUUGCAGGUAUUGGCAACUUUCAGGACUUCCAUGUUGCCAUGCAAUCAGUGCUAUCUACAAGUCCUCAAAAAAUUUGGACGACUUUAUAAAUCCAUGUUACUCAAUCACAGAGUACUUGAAAACCUACCAGUUCUGUUUGCAACCUGUAGAAGGCCAGGAGAGUUGGCCAGUUUCUAAAAUGCCAAGGCCAUAUCCUCCUGCUUAUGUAAAGAUGCCUGGAAGAAAGAAGACCAAGAGAACAAGGGAGGUAGGUGAGAAGCCUGCUGGAACAAAGAUAAGCAAGGUUGGAGUCAAGAUGGCAUGCAGCCUUUGCAAGAAAACAACUCACAACAUUAGAAAAUGCCCUUACAACAAGCAAGCAGGCAAGAGGAAAAAUGCACACAUCAAAAGAGAUGCUAAGAGGCAGAGAAAGCAAAAUGAGGCUGCAACAUCUACUCCUGGCCCAAGUGUACAACCUCAGGGACAGCCAAGGCCUGCACCGAGAGCAGCACCGGCUCAUCAAGCGCCGAGAGCAGCACCAGUUCAUCAAGCCCCGAGAGCAGCACCAGUUCAUCAAUCCCCGGCAGCACCGGUUCAUCAAGCCAUGAAAAGCAUCCCGCGUAGGAGUGGAGGCCUUCAGUACCUGUUGUUUGGUGAUAACUACUGAAUGUGCAA